AUGACCUCCAAUUCAACAAAUUCCAAUGACCCUAAACUUCCCCUUAUUGCACCUGGAUUUGCAAUCGGUUUCUCAGAGGACCGCAACAAACGGUGUCGUCGAACGAUGGAAGACGCCCAUUCGUUAGUUACAGACUUUGAUGGCGUUCCUUGUCAAGGCUUUUUUGCAAUCUUUGAUGGUCAUGCUGGAAAGGCUACGGCUGAUUGGUGUGGAGAUAACUUUGACAAAACUCUCGCUCUUUGUUUGAAAGAAUUCAAAGAUCAACCUGUAGCGGAAAUUUUAAACAAGACCUUUCUCGAGGUUGAUCUUCAAGUAAAUGAAAAAGAAGGCAAAUUUUCUGGGUGCACUGCAAUCGUUGCCUUUGUUCAAGUCAAGGAUUCAAAGCGUAUUCUUCAUACUGGUAAUGUUGGAGAUGCUCGUGCUGUAUUAUGUCGUGAUGGUAAGGCGGUCCGACUUUCGUACGACCACAAGGGCUCAGAUGCCCAGGAAGCAAAGCGGAUCAUGGAUCUUGGAGGGUUUAUGAUGAACAAUCGGGUGAAUGGAGUCUUGGCAGUUACUCGGUCACUUGGCGACAGUGUGAUGAAAGAAUUUGUGGUCGGCAAUCCAUAUACUACCGAGACUGAGCUGACAGACAAGGAUUCAUUUCUAAUCUUGGCCUGUGAUGGAUUAUGGGAUGUGUGUGAAGAUCAAGAUGCAGUCGACCUAGUUAAACAAAUCGAAGAUCCUCAAUUGGCCACCCGCACCUUGCUCGACCACGCCCUUGCUAAUUUCAGUACUGACAAUCUCAGCAUUAUGGUUAUUCGAUUCACCUAAACUACAACAAAAGAAUGAAUGAAUUGGGUGAAUGGAUAAAUGGAUUUCGUAUUUUUUUCUUAAAAAAAAAAAGAUGAAUACAAAAGCAACAAGACUUACAGCGGCUUAAUUCAUAUUGAACAAUGAAAGACGAAAAAAAAAAUUACAGCUAAAACUUUACAAAUUUACAAAACCCUACCACCCUUACUAUCACCAUCUUCACCAGCCUCACCAUUUUCACUACCAUCACCAUCGACGCCGCAAUUACACUACACUACACUACACUAAACUAUAUAUUAUACUACACUAAAUUACACUAAAUUACACUACAUUACUACUACUUCACUAUUACUAUACUACAAUACACCCCUAAACCCCUACCUACAUUACCAUUGUUACUACCAACAAUGAAU